AUGGAGUCCCUUCCAAGUGCUCGAAUUGUACAUCUGUACAGGUGGCAGAGUACCAAUGGAUAUGGAUUUGUUUUGAGGGAAGACAAAUCGAAGAAGGAAUUCUGCAUCAAGUCUGUGGAGGCUGGCCUGCCCGCGGAGGCUGCUGGAAUCAUGGCAAAUGACUGUGUUAUUGAAGUGAACGGUCAUCUGACGAGCUCCAUGACUUAUGAUGGAGUGGUGCAAGAAAUCAAACGAGAUCCCCAAAAGGUAGUUCUGAUGCUCCUCCAGCCGUAUGAAAAGAAAGUGCUAAAGAGACGCGGAGUGGAGUUGUCCUCCAAAACGUGUUUUGCACAGAUCGUCAACGGACGGAGGGAACGUGAUGAUACGACACGUAUGAUUCGUGAGAAAAUGGCAUCCGAUACCAUUUCGAAAUCCCUUCUCAACUGCGACGCCGAGACAGCUGCAAUGCUAAACAAACAAAGACUAGAUCUCUUGUCGUCCUUAUAA